CGGAAGCCGGACAUUCGAGAGCGGCCGGCGCACAGCCCCGGAGUCCCCAGCGCUCCGCCCCAGCUCUCCUGAGGCGGCCGUACAAUCCUCGGCAGUGUCCUGAGACUGUAUGGUCAUCUCAGCGGCCGCGCCCGCCCGGCCCCGGAUUCCCUCCAGCUCCCUCUCUUCGAGCCGCUCUUUUUGGCUGCUUGGUCGGUCGGUCGGUCUUGUUUUCUGCGAGAUCCCGGGAAAGUGACUCCGGCUCGGGGAUAAACGGAACUUGUGGUCCCCAGGCGCGGCUCUCUCCUUCGGCGUCUUCCAACCUCCUCCCACUCCUUUCCCCGGCCCCGCCUCCUCCUGCAGGUUCCUCCCUGUCGCCCCCUCCGCCCUCCUCCUCCGCACCUAGCCGGCCGGCCGCACGCUGCCACCUGACUGUGCGGGACGCACCGACCUGCGAGCGCUCGGGACCUUUCACACCUGCCGGGGCGACCGAGGGCCGCCAGGGCCACAGCGACGACAGCGGCCGCAGCCCCCGCGGGCUUCAGGGCAGCCGGGCGCCUCGGGGCUCGGAGGGCCACGGCGACGAUGACAGCUGACAAGGAGAAGAAAAGGAGCAGCUCAGAGCUGAGGAAGGAGAAGUCCCGCGAUGCGGCGAGGUGCCGGCGCAGCAAAGAGACGGAGGUCUUCUAUGAACUGGCUCAUGAGCUACCCCUGCCUCACAGUGUGAGCUCCCACCUGGACAAAGCCUCCAUCAUGCGACUAGCUAUCAGCUUCCUGCGAACACACAAGCUCCUGUCCUCAGUCUGCUCUGAAAAUGAAUCUGAAGCUGAGGCUGACCAGCAGAUGGAUAACUUGUAUCUGAAAGCCUUGGAGGGUUUCAUUGCUGUGGUGACCCAAGAUGGUGACAUGAUCUUUCUGUCAGAAAACAUCAGCAAGUUCAUGGGGCUUACCCAGGUAGAACUAACAGGACACAGCAUCUUUGACUUUACUCAUCCUUGUGACCAUGAGGAGAUCCGUGAGAACCUGACUCUCAAAAAUGGCUCUGGUUCUGGAAAGAAGAGCAAAGAUCUGUCCACCGAGCGUGACUUCUUCAUGAGGAUGAAGUGCACAGUCACCAACAGAGGCCGGACUGUCAACCUCAAGUCGGCCACUUGGAAGGUCUUGCACUGCACCGGGCAAGUGAGAGUCUACAACAACUGCCCCCCUCACAGCAGCCUCUGUGGCUACAAGGACCCCCUGCUGUCCUGCCUCAUCAUCAUGUGUGAGCCGAUCCAGCACCCCUCCCACAUGGACAUCCCCUUGGACAGCAAGACUUUCCUGAGCCGCCACAGCAUGGACAUGAAGUUCACCUACUGUGAUGACAGAAUCAUGGAACUGAUUGGUUAUCAUCCUGAGGAGCUACUUGGCCGCUCUGCCUACGAGUUCUACCAUGCCCUGGAUUCAGAGAACAUGACCAAAAGUCACCAGAACUUGUGCACCAAGGGGCAGGUGGUGUCUGGCCAGUACCGGAUGCUGGCCAAGCACGGAGGAUAUGUGUGGCUGGAGACCCAGGGGACGGUCAUCUACAACCCCCGCAACCUGCAGCCCCAGUGUAUCAUGUGUGUCAACUAUGUCCUGAGUGAGAUCGAGAAGAACGAUGUGGUGUUCUCCAUGGACCAGACUGAAUCCCUGUUCAAGCCGCACCUCAUGGCCAUGAACAGCGUCUUUGACAACAGUGGCGAUGUGGCCGUAUCUGAGAAGAGUAACUACCUGUUCACCAAACUGAAGGAGGAGCCUGAGGAGCUGGCUCAGCUGGCCCCCACCCCAGGAGAUGCCAUCAUUUCUCUGGAUUUUGGAAGCCAGAACUAUGAUGAGUCCUCAGCCUAUGGCAAGGCCGUCCUGCCCCCAGGCCAGCCGUGGGCCGCAGAGAUGAGGAACCACAGUGCCCAGAGUGAGUCUGGGAGCCUGCCUGCCUUCACUGUGCCCCAGGCAGGCUCCCCAGGGAACACCACGCCCAGCGCCACAAGCAGCAGCAGCAGCAGCUGCUCUACGCCCAGCAGCCCUGAAGACUAUUACUCAUCCCUGGAGGAUCACUUGAAGAUAGAAGUGAUCGAGAAGCUCUUUGCCAUGGAUACGGAGGCAAAGGACCAGUGCAGCACCCAGACGGACUUCAAUGAACUGGACUUGGAGACCCUGGCACCCUACAUCCCUAUGGAUGGGGAGGAUUUCCAGCUAAGCCCCAUCUGCCCAGAGGAACCACACAUGCCAGAGAGCCCCCAGCCCAACCCCCAGCAAUGCUUCAGUACCAUGACAAGCAUCUUCCAGCCACUAGCUGUGGGGGCCACCCCCAGCCCCUUCUUCCUGGACAAGUACCCGCAGCAGUUGGAAAGCAGGAAGGUGGAGCCUGAGCACCAGCCCAUGUCUUCCAUCUUCUUUGACGCUGGGAGCAAAGGGUCUCUGCCCCCAUGCUGUGGCCAGGCCAGCACCCCUCUCUCUUCUAUGGGGGGCAGAUCCAACACUCAGUGGCCCCCAGACCCACCAUUACAUUUUAGGCCCAAAAAGUGGCCUGUUGGUGAUCAGAGCACUGAAGCGUUGGGGGCUCUGCCUUUGGGGCCAUCGCAGUUGGAGCCUCUCAACAGCUCGCCUCAUGUCUCCGUGUUCAAGAUGAGGUCUGCAAAGGACUUUGGGGCUCGUGGACCAUACAUGAUGAGCCCUGCCAUGAUAGCCCUCUCCAACAAGCUGAAGCUAAAGCGCCAGCUGGAGUAUGAGGAGCAAGCCUUUCAAGACACAAGAGGGGGAGAUCCUCCAGGCACUAGCAGCAGCUCACAUUUGAUGUGGAAACGUAUGAAGAGCCUCAUGGGUGGGACCUGUCCUUUGAUGCCUGACAAGACCAUCAGUGCAAACUUGGCCCCUGAUGAAUUCACCCAAAACUCCAUGAGAGGCUUGGGCCAGCCACUGAGACACCUACCACCCCCACAGCCGCCGUCUGCCCCGAGCCCAGGGGCCAGCGCCAAGAGUGGGUUCCCGCCACAGUGCUAUGCCUCGCAGUUCCAGGACUACGGUCCUCCGGGAGCUCAGAAGGUGUCAGGCAUGGCAAGUCGACUGCUGGGGCCAUCGUUCGAGCCUUACCUGUUGCCAGAACUGACCAGAUAUGACUGUGAGGUGAACGUCCCCGUGCCUGGGAGCUCCACACUCCUGCAGGGGAGAGACCUUCUCAGAGCUCUGGACCAGGCCACCUGAGCCAGGGCCUUUGGCCGGGCGUGUCCCUGCCCUGCCAUCUUGUCCUGCCUGCUUCACCUUCCAUCUGUGUUGCAACUAGGUAUCUCUAACACCAGCACACUUAGGAGAUGUCCUGACCUGGCCGUGUGGCCAGGGCACCAAGCAGUGGCCUUUUCUGACAUGCUCACUUUGUUAUCCGUGUUUUAAGACUACAUAGUUGUCUUACCUGCUAUGUUUUACUGUCAAUGAACAUGUCCUGAAAUUUUGUAAGAUUUCCCCCUCCCUCCCUUGAAUUACAUCUAAUUUAUAUUCCCCAAAGGUUUCUCUCUCACAUUCGGUAUCCAUACUAACAAGCAUGGUGGAUGUUGGCUCUCCUGAGGGAAAGAUUUGGCUUCACUCAACUAAAAAGAGGUUUUGUCCUUGUUGUUGCCAAAGAGAAAACGAUUUUGCUUUCCAAGCUCCACUGUGGAUUCUCUUUCUCUCUUUCUCUCUCUCUCACACACACAUACACACAAACACCUAAUCACCAUAUUGUAAAAUUUGGUGUUAUUUUUAAAGCCAGCUCUUUGCUCUGAUUUUCAUAUGAUGGAUGGGGAAAAAAAAAAAGAAAAGAAAAGAAGAAAACGUGAAGGGUAAACUCUAGGUUACACAGUGGCUUUCCUAAACCAUUUGGUGGUGUCCUUCACCUCACCCCCAGGUCCAAUGGGUUUUUUAUUACUAUUACUCACAAGCAAAGCUGAGGUUUUUUAAAGAGAAAUUUAUAUCUGGGUUUAGUGUUUAUCGUAUAUAUGGGUACUUUGUAAUAUCUAAAAGCUUAGAAAUGGAUUCCUGCUCACAAAACCACUUCUGAGAUCUUUUUAGGGCUGUUAAUUUAAUUUGUUUCUGUGUUCUAGACACUGUAGAGCUGUACAGUACCCCCACAGGCCUGUACUAACCCCGCUCUGGGUCUUCUCUGUCUUGCUUUCUCUCGGAUGACCUUUGGCUUUGGAUACGCCAUCGGUGUGACAAGCAAUCCCAGGAGAGGAUUAGGGGGAGCAUUGCAAGCUGUCUUCUCUCCUCGUGCUCUCUGUAUUGUGUAUGUGUGCAUCGUUAUUGCUGCCGCGAGGGCUCUAAUGGCAUGUUGGGGUGGGAAGGAAGCGCUGUCAUUUUUUUCAGGUCGUGUUGCUAGCCCUUCAAGUGCACUGAGCUAGGUGACUCCCGAUCUCUCCCACGCGGCACAUUUGGGGAUUUCCACGCUACCGUGACAUUGUCUUCAUGGGAAUUCACACAGCAAGUGAGGGUUCAGAAAUAAUGUAGUGACCCAGUCCUCUGAGCUAAACUGGGAGAGGGUGCCAAGUGGAGGGUAGCAGGUCCACCAGCCCUAUAUACCCUGCCAUGUCCACAGCUCGCGGGGCGGAUGGCCCUGCAAAGCUAAGGUGCAGCGCCCCCUGCUGGAGCGCAGCAGGCAGACCUCCAGGGACAGCCUCUAGCUGAGGUCUGUCACUUGGAAGUGAUGUGAAUAGGUCGAAAGCACUGAAAAUAAUGUUCCCAGAGCACUUUGUAACUCACUGGGGAGGAGGGAUAACACCUUUUGGGUUUGUGAUACCAAUCAACAUAAGAUGUUGUUGACCUGGGUACAGUAAAACUUUAAAUACACACAAAACCCAUCAGGCAAGAAUGCAGUAAGCCUAAAGGGAUUUACUGCUCAAACCAAAACUUAGCUGUCAAAGUCAAUCUACCUAAAAUUACCUAGGCAUGGUGUUGUUCAGGUUCAUGUUGGUGCACACUGUGGCAUGACACAUGGUGACAGAACUUGAAGGGUUGUUGACAUGUAAAUGCUGAUAGUUGAUUUCCUGUGUUCUUGCCUCAGCAUUAAGGGCAUUUUUCCCUUUGCAGUUUUACUAAAAAACACUCUGAGAAAUAUUCUGAGCUUUGUAUUAACCUUUCCUGUCAAUGUGUAACAACUUCAUGAACAUUACUGCAUUGUCAAAUUCCUACUGACGACAUUAUAACUGUACGGGAGCUUAACUUUAUAAGGAAAUGUAUUUUGACACUGAUAUCUUAUUAAAGUAUUCUGAUCCUA